AUGUUCACACCGACAAUUGCUGAAAAUUUGGUGGCACUCACAAAAUUGAGGAUAAGUAAUUGUAGAAUAUUGAUAGAAGUCAUUAGUGAUGAGAAAGGUGGGGAUGGCCGUGUGGUGGCUUUCAAUCAACUGAAGUAUAUGGAGCUUGAUGGGUUGAUAGGGUUGAGAAGUUUCAGCUCGGGUGGAUACACUUUGAUGUUCCCACUCUUGGAAGAUAUCAUUGUGACUAGAUGUCCCAACAUGAAGUUUUUCUCUCAAGGACCGACGGAGGCAUCAAAGUUAAAGAGAGUUCAAGUAUCAAAGGAAGCGUGGUUUUGGGCAGGAAACCUCAACAUCACCAUCCAGAAUAUGUUUGAAGAAAUGAGAAAAUGCUGCUAUCGAGUUCCCGGGUUGAUUGGAAAAUGGCACAACGAACUUAAUCCCAUCAAGUUGUAUUGGCAACUAAAAUCAGUGGUGGUAGAUAAAUGUCCAUCAUUUAUUAACGCUAUUCCAUCCAGAUUGAUGCUUGUCUUAAAUAAUUUGGGCUAUUUGCAAGUGCCUGAUUGUAAGUUGCUUGAAGAAAUAUUUGAUUUGGAAAGGCUGGAGGCUGUGGAAAGCACUCGAGUACUGCCUCAGCUAUGGGAAUUGAACUUGGUCAAUCUACCAAAAUUAAGGCAACUGUGGAACAGAGAUCUUCAAGAAUCAAUACGCUUUGAUUCUUUGGCUACUCUCAUCCUUUAUAAUUGUAGUAACUUGGGACAUGCUUUUACUUCAUCAAUGGCUCAGUGCCUUGCCAAUCUUUAUCGGAUGGAAAUAAAUGAGUGUGGUCAAAUGGAAGAAGUGAUUGUAGAGGAAGAAGGGCAGGGAAGCACAAUGGAUAAGAUUACAUUCUUGAAGCUUGGGCAGAUGAAAUUGGAAUGGUUGCCCAAUUUGGCUUGUUUCCUCUCGACAAAAAAUCACACGAUGGAAUGCUCCAACUUACAAAUGCUGAGCAUUAACCAUUGCCCCAAGAUGAGAAGUUUGACUGGGCAAUCUCGGAUGGAUAAUGAUCAUGGCACCCCUGCAUUUUUCACUUCCCAGGUACAAUUUCCUAAACUUUGGUGGAUGGAUCUCUCCCACAUGGACAAUUUAAGCAAAAUAUGGAUUGACGGUCCUCAAGAAACUCUGACUUUUGAUUGUUUAUGGAAAGUGGAGGUUCGGAACUGUAAGAGCCUUGAAAAUUUGUUUCCGUAUUGGGUGGCUACGAGCUUAACCCAACUCGACAAACUUCAAGUCGAGUCUUGUGAGAUCGAGGAAAUAAUUGCUAGUGGGGAUGACACUCCACGCUCCAAUACUACUACAGAUCUUUUCCCAAAACUAAACUCUUUGGUGUUACAUGACAUGCCGCGACUUAGGAGCUUCUGUCCUAACUUGCCCACUUUGAAUUGGCCAUUAUUGGAGGAAUUACGAGUGACUCACUGUGACGAGCUGAAUAUGUUAUCCUUUGUGGCAUCCAUGAACAGUUGGGCUCAUAGAGAUGAUCAACAUGACCUUUCAGAUCAAGAAGCACACUCUUCAUUUGAGAGGGUAUGA